CGCAACUGCACGGGACCGCUCAUAUACCGGCUGCCAGCUGAAUAAAUUUCGCCUUUAUUCGGUUGUUUGUGGUAUUGCUGUGAUAUGGCCGGCUGCACCUUUGUUUCCAGACUUUUGCCGUUGACGAGAGGACGUUUUUGUAAUGAAACGUCUGCUCCCGCACGCACAGCUGCCCGUGCCUUUUCCUGCACUGCGACUUGUUCACAGUUUCAGCCAGUCCACGGGGUCAGCGCUUUAACGGGCAAAGUGGACCGAUUCGGUGGAGUGACCGUGAACCUGGCUGAGCUCGGACUGUCGGAGGACAUCAGCGAGAGCUCAUUCAGCGGUUUACUGCGGGAUUCUUUGGCCCAGUGGAAAGCAGAGGGGAAGGCAGCAGUGUGGCUCCGAGUACCCAUCUCUCUCAGUCGAUGUGCUGCUGCCGCCUCGGCUCACGGCUUCACCUUCCAUCACGCCAGAAACGACCACGCCGUGCUGGCGCUUUGGCUGGGAGAGGGGGACAGCAGACUGCCGGGCUUUGCAACUCACCAAGUUGGAGUGGCAGGUGCAGUUGUUGAUGAGUCCAGUGGAAAGGUUCUCGUUGUCCAAGACAAAAAUAAGACACAGAACGCCUGGAAGUUCCCUGGUGGUUUGUCCGAUCCAGGAGAAAAUAUCGGUGCGACUGCCGUUCGUGAAGUUUACGAGGAAACUGGCGUUCGCUCCGAGUUCAGAUCUCUCCUAAGUAUCCGGCAGCAGCACAACCAUCCCGGUGCCUUCGGCAUGUCCGACAUGUACAUCAUCUGCCGCCUGAGCCCGCUCACCUACGAGAUCAACUUCUGCACUCAGGAGUGUCUGCGCUGCGAGUGGCUGGGCAUCGGCGAGCUGGCCAAAACCAGCGACACCACGCCCAUCACCUCUCGCGUAGCCGGUCUUCUGCUUCACGGCCUGGAGCGCGGCUUUGAUGAGAUCGACCUCACCAUGGAGGAGCUUCCUGCCGUCUACUCAGGGAGGUUUUACCAGCUGUACCACAGACAGCUUCCCACAGCACUACAAUUACAGGAGCUCAACAAAUCACCUCAUCCUAACUAGAUACGGGGAAGUAUAAUAUAAAGUGUAUUUAUAACUGGACUGUUACUUUUGAGGAAUUGUGGUGUAGCAGGUUUUGAAUUGCAAGCACACUGCAGAUUUUUACCGUGACUUUUGCAUCUGAAUUGCUGCAGUUUUAAAUGUUGGGUUUAACACGUUCUGGUGGUCACCUUCAAAUCCCACAGUUGGCAACAGUGACUGUGAGCAGCUGAUCUUAUUUUUAAAAAAAAUACUAGUAAGUAAGUUUUAGUCUGCGUUUAUUUGUUACUUAAGGAACUCGUGGGAUAGCACAGUACAUGUCAGUGCCCUAAGCACCAGUGUUAUAUGGGGCCUGCUUGUGGCUAAGUAUAAAUGAUUAAUAUUUGCUGCGUUGUUAAGUGAUUCUGUUGGCUAGUUAAUAAAGUCAAAAGUCAUUGUACAUUUAAUGUAACCAGCUACUUGUUGUUUAACUGAACAUGGCAACAGUAACCUGGAAAUUAUGUUAUGGUCCAAGUUACACAUGUUCAAAACGGGCAGUGAUGCUUAGGUUUUCCUUUUACUAUAUUUCUUCUUUUUUUAAAAAUUCAAAUUCUAUAUUUUAAGAUACAGUUAUAGUUAAUAUGUGAUUUAAGAGUGUUUUCUUAGUCAUGCUAACCUUUGGCUGGUACUGUGUUCUUUAUGGAAACACUCACACGUACAGUAAAUUCCUUAAAGCACUUUGAUUAGUUUAAGGUUAAGCAGAGAGCUGCUUUGAAUCAACGACUGGGGGGGGGGUGGAUUGUGUUGUACUAAUAUUUAACUGAGGUGCAUUUGGCAGCUGGCUCCAGUUGGUUGGUCUACAGUAAAAUCCUGUUUAUAAUAAGAAUAAUAUUACUAAUAAUAAAAUGUAUGAAUAUGCA